AUGAGGAUGCUGCGCUACAGCAUGGAAACCACGGGGGAGAGCGAGGUGACCUUCGGGCAGUACAAGAACUACCUGUACAAGGAGGUGCCGAAAGACUACCUGGAGUGGGCCAUUACGGAGUGGAGCACGGCCAAAAGCAGGGUGUGGGAGGAGAUUCACGAGUUGCAGGAGCGCCUCAAGAUCCUGCAGACUGUCAAGAUGGCGGAGGAUGCUGCAAAGAUCGCAGAUGUGGAUGUCUAUGGCGAGAGCAUUGACCUCGAGGGCGUGGGGGAAUCAUCACUGGCCUAUGAGACGGAGCAUAGCAAGGUUUCGAACUAUGAGGCGGGCAAGGUUCCACACUAUGGGAAUGGGUAUGACCCGGUCGUUGAUGAGCCCUAUGGCAAUGGUGGUCCUGAGGCGCUGGAGUUUCAGUUCGUCUAUGGUGGCGACUAUGAGGCAGCCCGGAAGCUGCCACGAGAUGAGACGUGCUGUGACUUCAAGAAGAAGGCGGAGUCUUAG